AUGAAUGCGCAUAUGCAGCAGCAAAUGCUCGAGCAGCAGCUCCUUCAUGCUGCCGAAGUUAUGGAAGAACAGAUCGACUCCGAGAUGAAAAAGAUGGACGAAAUGGACGAUGACGACAUUGAAAAGAUCCGACAGAAACGACUGAAAGCGAUGCAACGAGCUCAUGCGGCAAAACAGGAAUUCAUCGCGAAAGGCCACGGUGGAUAUGACGAGCUCCCUUCGGAAAAAGACUUCUUUGAUAAGGUCAAGGAAUGCAAACGAGCCGUGGUUCACUUUUACAGGCCGACAACUCUUCGAUGUGAAAUCUUCGACAAACAUCUUGCUCUUCUGGCGCCAAAACACGUGGAAACUCGAUUUGUGAAGCUCAACGCAGAAAAGUGUCCGUUUCUUUGCGAAAGGUUGAACAUUCGAGUUAUUCCUACUCUUUUGCUUAUUGUUGAUGGCAAAACACAGGAAAAAGUCGUCGGUUUCGACCAACUUGGAGGCCAUGACGAGUUCAGCACAGAAAUGCUCGAGUGGCGACUUGGAGUAUCAAAAGCGAUCAACUACCGUGGCGACGUGAAUCAGCCACCAGAGGAUAAGCGAGCUCCAGCGCGCAAUCCUCUUCAUGCUAACCGCAGGAUUAGACAAGCUGAUGAUUUUGACACCGAUGAAGAGCUAUUUGGCGACGACUAG